GUAGCCGCCUUUCUCCGUAAACAGUAGCGUCGCGUCAUCAUUUUUUGAUUCACGUAUUUUUCCUCUGUCUCGUAUAAUUGAAAUCGAAUGACGAAAUCAAGCAGAUUACAAGAUUAUCCGGUUACGAUAUAACGACGCGCGAUAAUUGAGCUGUUAAGUCAUGGCGCGUACUAAGCAGACUGCCCGUAAAUCGACGGGAGGAAAAGCUCCUCGCAAACAACUCGCUACAAAGGCGGCCAGGAAGAGCGCACCGUCCACCGGCGGUGUCAAGAAGCCGCAUCGUUACAGACCUGGUACCGUCGCUCUUCGAGAAAUCAGAAGAUACCAAAAGUCGACGGAAUUGUUAAUCAGAAAAUUACCGUUUCAACGAUUGGUACGUGAAAUCGCGCAGGACUUCAAGACCGAUCUGCGUUUUCAAAGCGCUGCCAUAGGCGCCCUGCAGGAAGCAUCCGAAGCAUAUCUCGUUGGUCUGUUUGAAGACACCAACUUGUGCGCGAUUCACGCGAAACGCGUCACAAUUAUGCCUAAGGACAUCCAGUUGGCUCGGCGAAUUCGCGGCGAGCGUGCUUAAGAGACGCUGCGUAACGCAUACAUACCGUUUACUGCUAUUAUUAUUAUUAAUAUUAUUAUAUUAUUAAUUACAUACAUUACUGUUUGCAAUCGCAUCGUGGAUGAAGCACUUUCAUUCCAAGCUCUACACAUAUUUUAUCUAUAUAGAGACAUUAAGCGCUGUACGGCGCACGUUAUUGUUUAAUAAUUUUGUCAUUCUCUAAUGAAUAAAACACGUUUCACAAAUUGUACGGGAUUUUUUUUUUUUUUUUUUUUUUUUUUCCUCGAAACUGUUUUUCAUAGCUCUUCAAUUUAAUUAUAUCAUAUAUUUAUGAAAUUAAUUUGCAAUAGUUGCUGUGCUAAAAAUUAAUAUAAGGUAUACACAAAGUGAUUCGGUUAUACAACAUUUGGAAAUGGCGUUUCUGUUCACUAUUUAUCUUCUUAUCACUACUAAUAUACAUAAUAAUGUCAUUAUCAUUAUUAGUACUUGCAAAAAGUGUGCACUAGAAUAAGAUACCCUCACUGUAAAGUUGAGAUGUAGCGCUUAACAUAUUAGAUCUCUGUACUCGAGUUACAUACAUCAUUUUAAUCACCCAUUGUGUAAAAAUUUGUGUAAAGAUAAAAGCAUUUCGUAUAAAUAAAUCUUCUAAAUUCA